UGCUCAGGAGCAACUGGUGUGUCCUGUUGAACAUGCAUGCAUGCUGCAGAUCUGACGCACAGCAAGACACAAUGCAGGAAUCUGAGCCCAGCGUGUGUCAGCUGCAGCCCAACAUCAUCUCAGUGCGUCUCUUCAAAAGAAAGAUUGGUGGGCUGGGCUUUCUGGUCAAACAACGUGUGUGCAAGCCGCCCGUCAUCAUCUCUGACCUCAUCCGGGGUGGGGAGGCGGAGGAAUGUGGGCUGGUCCAAGUCGGCGACAUCGUCCUGGCCGUGAACAACAAGCCUUUGGUGGACCUGAGCUACGAAUGUGCGCUCGAGACCCUGAAGAAUGUGUCGCCCGAGAGCCACGCCGUCCUCAUCCUCCGCGGACCCGAGGGCUUCACCACUCACCUGGAGACCACGCUGAGCAGUGACGGGAAACCCAAAACGGUUCGGGUCACCAGGCCCGUUAUCCCCGCUCAGAGCAGGCCGUGUGAACGAUGUUCGCCUCUCAGCCCCAACAUGACCAAAGAGCUCAGGGCCAUAGAGAACCUGUCCUCUUCCUCCACUCCCAGGAAAGACCCACGGGAGAGCAAACCCCUGAUUCCUCUGCUGGCCCAGGACUCUCUGCUCAGAGAAGGAGACCAUUCAGCCCUUCUCCUCAACGGGGUGGAGGAGAACAACGACCUGCUGAAGGAGAUCGAGCCAGUGCUGAAGCUCAUCAAGAACAGCAAAAAAGAGAUCAAUGGAGAAGGUCAGAGAGACGUAGAGAGGAAGGAUGUCGAAGUGCAGGUGGAGAGAGACCUUGGUGUGGGAAAUGGACAGAACGGCCAGCUGGCGUCGGAUAACGACAGAGUGUUUGAUGACCUCUGGAGAAAGGACAACAUGCCUACGGUGCUUAACAACCCUUACUCAGAGACUGACAAGCCGCAGUCCCAUGGGAGAGUUUCCCCCACUAAGACUGUGCAGAAUGGGAGUCCCACCAAGUGUCCCAGAUUCAUGAAAGUGAAGAACUGGGAAACUGGAGCUUUAUACAAUGAUACUUUACAUCUCAGCUCCAGCGAGGUGCCGAUCUGCACUGAGCAAGUUUGUAUAGGCUCUGUUAUGGUGCCAAACCAGCACAGUCGCAAACCAGAUGAAGUCCGAAGAAAAGAGGAACUGCUACCGCUUGCAACAGAUUUUAUUGACCAGUACUACACAUCAAUCAAAAGAUGCGGCUCAAAGGCCCAUGUUGACCGGCUAGAAGAGGUAAAAAAAGAGAUAGAAACUUCUGGAAUGUAUCAAUUGAAAGACACAGAGCUGAUCUAUGGGGCCAAACAUGCAUGGAGAAAUGCAGCUCGCUGUGUGGGACGGAUCCAGUGGUCCAAACUACAGGUGUUCGAUGCUCGAGACUGCACAACCGCUCAUGGAAUGUUUAAUUACAUCUGCAACCACAUCAAAUACGCCACCAACAAAGGAAACCUCAGAUCGGCUAUUACCAUCUUCCCCCAGAGGACAGACGGGAAGCAUGACUUCCGGGUGUGGAACAGCCAGUUGAUCCGGUACGCAGGCUACAAGCAGCCUGAUGGAUCAAUUAUCGGAGAUCCGGCUUCGGUGGAGCUUACAGAGAUCUGUAUACAGCAAGGAUGGAAAGCUCCAAAAGGCCGUUUUGACGUUUUGCCCCUUCUUCUCCAAGCCAAUGGAAACGAUCCAGAGCUUUUUGAGAUUCCUGAUGAUCUUGUGCUUGAGGUUCCCAUCAUACAUCCAAAGUUCGAAUGGUUUAAGGCGCUGAAUCUAAAGUGGUAUGGCCUUCCUGCUGUGUCUAACAUGCUGUUAGAGAUCGGGGGACUGGAGUUCACAGCCUGCCCCUUCAGCGGCUGGUACAUGGGGACAGAGAUCGGCGUCAGAGACUUCUGCGACAGCUCUCGAUACAACAUACUUGAGGAAGUAGCUACAAUGAUGGGGCUGGACACGAGGAAGACUUCAUCCCUGUGGAAGGACCAGGCACUGGUAGAGAUCAACAUCGCAGUCCUUUAUAGUUUCCAGUACUUUCUCUUGCUCUCUCUUUCUUUCACUGUCCAGCUUGACCCGUGGAACACUCACGUGUGGAAAGGGAUGAAUGGGACACCCACAAAGAAAAGAGCAAUUGGAUUCAAGAAACUUGCCAAGGCUGUGAAAUUCUCCGCCAAACUCAUGGGACAAGCCAUGGCCAAGAGAGUCAAAGCCACCAUCUUGUUCGCCACAGAAACUGGGAAGUCGCAGGACUAUGCAAAAACGCUCUGUGAGAUUUUCAAGCAUGCAUUUGAUGCCAAGGUGAUGUCCAUGGAUGAAUAUGACACCGUCGACUUGGAACACGAGACACUUGUGUUAGUGGUGACAAGUACGUUCGGCAAUGGGGACCCUCCUGAGAACGGAGAGAAAUUUGGUGCGGCACUGAUGGAGAUGAGACAUCCCACCACCAGCGUAGAAGACCGAAAGACGUACAAGGUGCGUUUUAACAGCGUCUCUUCAUAUUCUGAUACCCGCAAAUCCUCCAGCGACGAACCUGAAUCCAAAGCCAACUUUGAGAGCACUGGACCACUUGCUAAUCUCAGAUUCUCUGUGUUUGGCCUUGGCUCUCGGGCAUACCCACACUUCUGUGCGUUUGCCCACGCAGUGGACACGCUGUUCGAAGAGCUCGGUGGGGAACGAAUCCUGCGCAUGGGAGAGGGAGAUGAACUCUGCGGCCAAGAGGAAUCCUUCAGAACAUGGGCCAAGAAGGUCUUCAAGGCUGCAUGUGACGUUUUCUGUGUCGGCGACAAUGUUAAUAUUGAGAAAGCGAACGAUUCCUUGAUUAGCAACGAUCGUAGCUGGAAGAAAAGCAAGUUCCGGAUGACAUACACGGCGGAGGCACCGACACUAACGCAAGCGCUUUACAACAUCCAUAAGAAGAAAGUUUACGGGGCCAAAUUUUUGAUGAGACAGAACCUACAAAGUGCCAGAUCGAACCGAUCGACUAUAUUUGUGCGUCUUGAUGCCAACAACCACGAGAGCCUGAAAUACUUGCCUGGUGACCAUUUAGGCGUUUUCCCUGGCAACAACGAAGUUCUAGUUACGACUCUUAUUGAGAAACUGGAGGACGCACCGCCUGUCAAUCAGAUUGUGAAAGUGGAGUUCUUGGAAGAAAGAAACACAGCGUUGGGUGUGAUAAGUAACUGGACGGACGAGAGUCGUAUUCCGCCCUGUACCAUCUAUCAGGCUUUCAAAUACUUCCUGGACAUAACCACCCCUCCAAGUCCCCUGCUACUGCAACAGUUUGCUCCUCUAGCGACUAAUGAGAAACAGAAAAAGAGACUAGAGGUGCUCAGCAAGGGUUUGCAGGAGUAUGAGGAGUGGAAGUGGCACAAUAACACUACCAUAGUGGAGGUGUUGGAGGAGUUCCCAUCCCUCCAGAUCCCCUCCACCCUUCUCUUGACCCAGCUGCCCCUCCUACAGCCACGAUACUACUCCAUCAGCUCCUCUCCAGACCUCCAUCCAGGAGAGAUACACCUCACUGUGGCGGUGGUGUCCUAUCGGCCCAGAGAUGGAGAAGGUCCUGUGCACCACGGAGUGUGUUCCUCCUGGCUCAAUAGCUUGGAAGAAGGCGAUGCGGUGCCAUGCUUUGUCAGAGGGGCUCCAACGUUCCGUAUGCCAAAAGACAACCAGGUUCCGUGUAUUCUGGUUGGUCCAGGCACUGGAAUUGCUCCAUUCAGAAGCUUCUGGCAACAGAGACUGUAUGAUAUUGAAAACAAGGGAAUCAAGGCAUGCCCCAUGAUCUUGGUUUUCGGUUGUCGGCAGUCACAGAUUGACCACAUUUACAAGGAAGAGACCAUCCAGGCCAAGAACAAGGAAGUGUUUAAAGAGCUUUACACCGCAUACUCCAGAGAGCCUGGGAGACCAAAGAAAUACGUCCAGGAUGUGCUUCGCGAGCAGCUGUCUGAAACAGUGUACAAAUAUCUGCGAGAAGAAGGAGGACAUAUCUACGUCUGUGGAGACGUCACCAUGGCCGGAGACGUACUGAAAACAGUCCAGCAGAUCUUUAAACUGCAUGGAAACAUGUCUCUGGAAGAUGCCGGCUUCUAUAUCAGCAAACUAAGGGAUGAGAAUCGAUACCAUGAGGACAUCUUCGGUGUAACCCUGCGCACUUACGAGGUCACCAACCGUCUAAGGUCGGAGUCUAUUGCAUACAUCGAAGAGAGCAAGAAAGACACGGAUGAGGUGUUUUGCUCAUAGUCACAUUUUCCGUCCAUAUUUCGCUGGUUUUUGCUCAUGCUCUAAUCAGCCAACCAGAAGCAUGAUGGGACACCAACCAUGAUUCACGAAAACUGUGACAAGUUUGUCUGUUCAAAAAUUCGUCUUUUUUUUUAAUGGAAUAUUUCAUUUUCUUUGCUAGGUCUUGUUUGAUGUGCAUCUCUAUGAUCAAAAUCUGCAUUAAUACAAUUACCUUUCACUUGAAUUUCUGAAUGCACUUUUUUAUGUG